AUGCCGGCCCAUGGUUUAGAAUAUAACACAAUUUUUCAUAGAAGAAAUUUUACCCAAAUAGUAAGGAACCGAAAGAAGAAAACGAACGGCGUUGAUAAAAGAGAGCUUCGCAUCUCAAUCGUCUCCUUUCAUCUCUUUUCUCCAGCGUCCGAUCGAUCUCUCCAUCUUCAUCCAGCGACUCGCGCCCAAAUCUUUCUCCAACUUUACGAAUUUUUCUCUCUCCAUCAACUGGGUUUUGCUUUCCAGAUGGCGGAUGUUCCGGUGAGUCCAGGCGGCGGGAGUCAUGAGAGCGGCGAAUUAAGCCCGAGGUCAUCAAAUGUCCGGGAACAGGACAGGUUCUUACCGAUUGCGAAUAUCAGUCGAAUCAUGAAGAAGGCGUUACCGGCUAAUGCGAAAAUGGCUAAGGAUGCGAAGGAGAUUGUUCAGGAAGCUGUUUCUGAGUUCAUCAGCUUUAUCACAAGCGAGGCGAGUGAUAAGUGUCAAAAGGAGAAGAGGAAAACCAUCAAUGGUGAUGAUCUUCUUUGGGCAAUGGCUACUCUAGGGUUUGAAGAUUAUAUCGAGCCUCUUAAGCUAUACUUGAUUAGAUACAAAGAGGUAUUUUUAGCUUCUGUGUAA